AUGUCCGCCAACGAAGCGAUUCUCGAUACAUUGUCUGCUUCCUUCCUUCACCAGGGCAGUGACAGGGACAAGACCCUGGACAGCACCUUUUCCCAUCGCAUAGAACUCUGCCGUGCCUGGGGAGUCGGCGAUAAAACCCCGUUACAGGUCCUUGAUGUUGGCUGCGGACAGGGCGAGUCAACUGCCGUGUUGGCAUAUUUUGUAGGCAAGAGUGGCCAUGUCACCGGGCUAGAUCCCGCUGAGCCGUCCUACGGCGCGCCGUUUACACUGCAGCAGUCCCAAGACUACUUGAAAGCGUCCUCUCUUGGGGGACGCGUCAGCUUUGUGCGAGACAAUCUGCCCGAUUUUCUGGACAGUGACGCAUAUCAUUCGUUUGACGCGGCUGUUUUCUGCCACAGCUUGUGGUACUUUUCGACCCGCGACCUGAUUCGAUCUCAGUUCGCCGCGCUCGUCAAGGCUAGAUUCGUGCGGGUGUUUCUUGCGGAAUAUACCUUCGAAAACGAUGCGCUGGAGCAGCGUCCGCAUCAGCUCGCCGCUCGCGCGCAGAUGCGCCUGCACGCUCUCAAGAAGCAAGACGCUGGCGGUAUGAAGCCUGGUGAGCCCAACAUUCGCGGUGCCUUGGAGAUGGAGGAGCUCUUGAAGCUUGCGCAAAGCGCUGGCUGGUCAGUGGCCCGCCGGGGGGUUGUCAGCCCGCCAGAGGCGAUGCGCGACGGAUACUGGGAGGCCAAGAUUGUUACAUCACGGAGCUUCCAAGAGGGUGUCCUAUCACAGGGAUUCUCCAAUGCGCAGGAAGAGAGUGUGUUGGCUUUUGUUCCGCAGAUCGAACAAGCUAUGGAGCAGCUGGAAUAUGUCGGCGAACGGGUCACUACUAUGGAUGUGGCGUGGGCGGUUCUUGAGCGACAGCAAGUGUGA